CACACACACACGCGCGCGUUUGAAAUUCCCACGAUAAACUCACACGGCCCGCACAAUCAAAAACUACCCUUUUUCUUUUUUCUCUCUAUAUAUAGAGCCCAAGCACUCGGUUUUCUACUUUGAUUUCUAAACAUCUAUAACCCUCGAGUUCGUAAUGGGUGAGAAGAAGAAGAAGAACAGCAACGGGGAGGCGCAGCAGAAGGAGGGAGCAGAGAGCAAGAAGGGCGACAAUGGAGGAGGGAAGAACAACGUCACGGUGGUGUUGAAGGCUGAUUUGCAUUGCGAGGGAUGCGUUUCCAAAGUCUUGAAGUGCAUUCGCUCCUUUGAUGGUGUUGACACUGCGAGUAUCGGCGACGAGCAGAGGAUUACGGUGGUGGGGAAAGUGGAUCCGGUGAAGCUCCGGGAAAGGGUGGAGCAGAAAACCCACAAAAAGGUUGAACUGAUUUCCCCACAGCCCAAAAAGGACAAUGCCAACAAGAAGAAUGGCGACGGAAAAGAGAACGCAAAAAUCGACGGAGGCAACAGCGGCGGCGACGGAAAGCAAGAGAAGAAGAAAGAAGGCAAGGACAAUAACUCCUCCAAGAAUAAAUCUGAUGAGAAAAAAUCAAAGGAAAAAGAGCGCCGUGUUCCUUAUUCUGCGCCGCCGCCUGUGACGACGGCGGUGUUGAAGGUGCACUUACACUGUGAGGGCUGCAUCCAGAAAAUCCACAAAGCCGUCACCAAAACCAAGGGGUACCAGGAGAUGAAGAUCGACCGGCAAAAGGAGCUCGUGACGGUGACCGGCGCCAUGGACAUGAAGGCGCUAGCUGAGGUGCUCAAGAAGCAUCUGAAGAAGGAAGUCGAAAUUCUGCCGCCUAAGAAAGAAGUUGAGAAGAAAGAGAAUGGCGGCGGCUCCGGGGACAAGGGGAAGAGUAGCAGAGCGGCGGAGAGAAGGGGAAGAUUGACGGUGGAGAGAAGGGGAAGAGUGGUGGGGGGGCAGGAGGAGGAAGUGAGGAGAUGGCCGGCGGCGAGAAGAUGGAAGCGAACAGAAUGCAGUUUCAGGUCGGGUACCCGUACCCGUAUAUGUACGGCGCGGGUGCUGUGGGCGCGGGGGACCAGGUCCAGUUGUACUACAACCCGUAUGGAUACGGACCCUACCAUGCACCCCAAAUCUUUAGCGACGAGAACCCCAAUGCGUGCAGUGUUAUGUGAGGGAAUGGGUAAAUGGGUAUUGGUAAAUAAAACAGAGACGAAGGGGUAGUUAGGUCUUUCUGUAGACGGUCGAUUAAAACCGGUUCAUUUGUUCUACUACUUGUCCGAUUAUCUACUAAUUUUGAUUGCAAAAA